UUUCGCUUGUUCCUGUAAAUCAUGCUUGCAUCGAUUAAGAUAUAAAUAUGACAUAUAAUCUGUAAACCCAGUUUCCAGAUAUUUAAAGGAAGAAAACAUCUUCAUUACAUUUAUUUGACAAACUACGUGCAAAUCAGCUAAUUGGGUAAAAGCGACCGUGGGUUUUAAAGGUAUCAUCCUCAAAACGUGAGGACAAUUAUGCUCUACAUUUAAAUAAGCAUGCAGAAAGAAAAACAUUAUCCUUUAUAAAUAACGUGAUUAAUACUUCUACCAGAGGGCACCAAUUAUAUAUAAAGAGGCUUGUUAUUUGUGCAGCCAGCAGGGAUAUGAUUGGUUGGUUGGUUGGUUGGUUGGUUGGUUGGUUGGUUGCAAGUGAAGUAAGGGACUGAAUAUUUGAUAAAUGGGGAGGGGGGAGAGUUGGGGUAAACGGAGAGGCAAUGGAUAGAUAGAGAGAGAGAUGCUGUUGCUGGGGAACAGAAGCCACAUAGAGAGGACCACUGAAUGAUAGCAAGAAGGAGUAACAGAGACUUGUACAUGUUACCCCUCCAAGUAAAGGUGUAAAUUGAUAUUUAGGAGUGGGAAAAGAAGGGAAUCCAUGGGUAUUUGCAGAAAAAGAGGGAGAUAGAGAUACCAGAGCAGAUGCAUUUUUGAUUAAAGGAAUUUUGUGGUCGGUUUGCUCUGCACAGCCAGGCUUUUUCCCAAUCAACGGUGGCCAGAGGCUGGUUGAAGAGGGGGGUUUUGGGGUGCAGCAUCACAGAGGUGCCCCCUGUCUCCAGACACCUGCUGCUGGAGAGGGUCUGACACCGAGGACACUGUGUCUGUGUGCAUGAGCGUGCACGUGUGCAUGUGAAUGAGUGAGAGACAGGAGGAAUUUCAGCCUGAGUCUUUGCAUCUGUGACCGACGAGGAGGGGAGAACACUCUGUCCGGAGAGAGGUUGCUUACACCGCUCAUGCUCUCCUCUCUGAGGGAUGGGCACCACAGAGGCGACUCUACGAAUGGAGAACUUGGAGGUGAAAGACGAGUGGCAGGAUGAAGACUUCCCCAGACCCCUCCCAGAGUACGGAGACAUGGACCCGUCCUGCGGUCUCACAGACGACAGAACCCCCCCUCUCUCCCUGGAUGUGUCCCCCCCCGGAGGAGGAGGAGGGGUUUCUUCGUCCCGUAAGCGGCGGACCCUGGUGGCCCCGGAGAUGAACCUGUCUCUGGACCGCAGCGAAGGAUCUCUGCUGUCGGACGACUUCCUGGACACGCCGGACGACCUGGACAUCAACGUGGACGACAUCGACACACCGGACGAGACGGACUCUCUGGAGUUCAUCACCAACGGCAAUGAGCUGGAGUGGGAGGACGACACCCCGGUGGCCUCGGCUAAAGCCGCCCCCGCCGACGGCUCGGUCGAGGGGGACGAGGGGAACGCCAACAACGGGCGUCUGUAGACGGUGAUCAUCGGGGAGCAGGAGCACCGCAUCGACAUGCAGAUCAUCAGACCCUACCUCCGGGUCAUCUCGCAUGGAGGUUAUUACGGGGAGGGUCUGAACGCCAUCAUCGUUUUCUCCGCCUGUUACCUGCCGGACAGCAGCUGCUCCGACUAUCACUACAUCAUGGAGAACCUCUUCCUGUACGUGGUGAGCAGUCUGGAGAUGCUGGUGGCUGAGGAUUAUCUGAUCAUCUACAUGAACGGAGCGACGCCUCGGAACAAGAUGCCCGGGAUCAGCUGGCUGAAGAAAUGCUACCAGAUGAUUGACAGACGAUUGAGGAAGAACCUGAAGUCUUUGGUCAUCGCUCAUCCCACCUGGUUCAUACGCACCGUGCUGGCUAUCUCCAGACCGUUUAUAAGUGUGAAGUUCAUGAAUAAGAUCCAGUACGUGCACAGUCUGGAUGAACUGGCAGAGAUCGUCCCCAUGGAGCACGUCCACGUUCCUGAGUGUGUGGUGCAAUUUGACGAGGAGAGGAUUAAAGCACGGAGGGAAAGGAUGGAGCAGGAGCACAGACAGCAGGAGCAGCAGUCAGUCCCACAGGAGCCAAUUAAAAAGUCUGAGAGGCCAAAGUCGAUGGUUGUAAAUCAAGGAUUAUGAGGACAGCGCUCUGCAGGAGAAGAGUGUGUGACAGACGUAUGGAGCAUGAACACCUCAAUGUAUUCCCGUAUGAAGCAGAGGGUCCAACAGGUCUUCAUAUGCUUCCUAGUUAUACCAACAUCCUACCCUCUGUGCAACAUGAACAUGUAAGAAGGAAGUCGAUGUGGAAACUGUCAUUGUCAGGGUCAUUGAUCCAUUAUCCUUCUCUGUUCGGACCAGCUAACACUGUAAUAUUAUAUCAUCAUGAGGCUCUGAAAAACCAGGACGUUGAUUUUGUCAAUGUUGGGUGAACUGGAAUUGUAAAUACUGAUGUUGUAACUUCAGUUGAAGGCCUCGUCAGUUUCAGAGUGGUAAAUAUGGACAGCUGUUACACAUGCAUUUAAUAUAAUUAUGUUACUUAUCAAUAAACAAAAACUAGCCAGUCAAUAAUUCUGCUAACACAGCCUAACAUCAAUCAAUGUCAACAAAUUAUCAAGACAAGCUAGCUACAGUGCUGUCCACUUACUGAGUUAACAGCUAACUGAGCUAACAGCUGACUGAGCUGACAGCUUAAUGCGCUAACAGAUCACUCAUUAAACAUAUACCUAUGCUAACCGAUUAGUGAGCUAACAGUUAACUUAGAUAACAGCAAAUUUAGCUCACAUCUGACUGAGCUAACAGCUAACUAAGCUAACAGUUCACUAAGAUGACACCUAACUGAGCUAGAAACAAACUGUACCAACAGCUAACUAAGCUAACAGUUAACUAAGAUAACACCUAACUGAGUAAAAGCUAACUGUACCUACAGCUAACUCAGCUAACUAAGAUAACACCUAACUGAGAUAAAAGCUAACUGUACCUACAGCUAACUCAGCUAACUAAAAUAACACCUAACUGAGAUAAAAGCUAACUGUACCUACAGCUAACUCAGCUAACUAAGAUAACACCUAACUGAGAUAAAAGCUAACUGUACCUACAGCUAACUCAGCUAACUAAGAUAACACCUAACUGAGAUAAAAGCUAACUGUACCUACAGCUAACUCAGCUAACUAAGAUAACACCUAACUGAGAUAAAAGCUAACUGUACCUACAGCUAACUCAGCUAACUAAGAUAACACCUAACUGAGAUAAAAGCUAACUGUACCUACAGCUAACUCAGCUAACUAAGAUAACACCUAACUGAGAUAAAAGCUAACUGUACCUACAGCUAACUCAGGUAACUAAGACAACACCUAACUGAGAUAAAAGCUACCUACAGCUAACUCAGCUAACUAAGAUAACACCUAACUAACUAGUGGCUAACUGAGCUAACAGCUCACUGCGCUAACGGCUGACCAUUUUACUGCAGGUACUAUUAGCAACAGUUAGCGCUUAACUUUACUUGAGCAACAACAGGUCAGGAACAGGUCACGUUAAAAAGUUCUCUGCCCAAUCCAUUGUAGUCUUUGUAGCAUCAAAAUGAUUUGAAACCGUUAUGUAAUGAUAAAACGACAUAAUCCUGCUUUCAAAACCGAACAAAUAUACUGAAUUAACCGAAGAAAGUCAACAUUUCACAUCAAACAUUUAGAAAAUCUGACAAUUGGAGAUAAAAGCGUGUUGCCUGACACUAGAAAUGUGUACAUAAUGUAUGUGAGAAAAAACUUAACUCUUGAGAACAACUUAAUUGAUGUAGCAGAAGCUGAUCUUAGGUCAGGGUUCCAGUACCAUACCAAACACACAUUUAUAUUCUGGAUAAUAUAAUGUGCUUCAAUGUAAAUAACGAUGCAUCAGAUGCCUUCCUCUUUAUUGUUUGGCCUCAUAUUGCCUGCUGUAUCACGAGGCCUUCUUACUGUCUCUCCUCAUGCUGUAUGACAUUUAGAAAAUGUCCAAACGUAGGCUACUAACAUCUGUACCUUGUUUUUAUGAUGCCUCUGUCCUAUUGUGCAUAGAAAUUGCUGGAAAAUUAUAAAUAUCUGCAUUGCGUGUCAUGGAAAACCCCAUAUGAUAAAAAUCUUUAAGAAUCAUAUAUAUGUUGUAAAAAUAUGCUUUAUUUUGUGCAAAAUAGCAACAUAGAUGUCAUACAUUACAGCAUUUAGCAAAUAUGCUUCACAAUAAUAUUCCAACUGUGUAUUCUGCUAGCUAAAAAUCCUAAUCCAUAAUUUACAAAAUAUCUGCAAUAAUUUUGUAUGGAAUUUUGGGGCAAUAUUUAAGACAAAAUACACACUUUUUUUUUUACAUAUGACUGCAUAUUGAGUGUGUAGAGUGUGCAUAUCUAUAAUUCUUAUUGAUCAGUUUCAUAUGGGAACAUUUGCUGUCAGCGGCCUCUGAAAGGAAAUAGUUGUAUUAUUUUAUAAUCAUAAGGUUUAGGUAUAUAAUUUCUGCAGGGCGACAUCCUCUUGUGUUCUCGGUGUUGUUUCUGAUAAACAGUGUCAGUUUGAAACCUUUCCCGAUGAAUGCAUUAUGGGAUUGAUGUUUAUUUGGGUAUCGUAGAUUUUCUCAUGUCUUCCAACUUACUGUAGCAGGAAGGCAGAGGAGUUUUAUUUUUGUAAAGAAAUGCAGUAUAGUAUUUCCCGCCUGCCUUCUCUUUUUAUUUUGCACUAUUGCAUUGGGUUAGUUUUUGGAGAUAAACUCUAAACUGUGUUUUUGUUAAGGAGCAUUAUAUGCAGUCACGUAGCUGAUAUCUUAUUUGGUACAUACAAUGAAAUGAAGGUUUAUAAAAAGUGCCAUUUUAUUUUAUUUUCCUUUUGUGGUACAGAAAUGUCAAAGAGGUUCAACUUUUUUAAAAUUAUUUUCAAAGAAAUGAAUCAAUGUUUUUCAUCUUCAUGGUUUGUUUGCUGAGUGCCUAUUUUUGAACCAAAUGAUGAAAAUAAGUCCAUGACAAGUGAAGGAAUGUAGAGUAUAGCUUUUCCAUGUGUAUUUUACUUUAUAGGUUUAAUAAAGUCACAUCCAGUAUUACAAUUGGUUGUGACUUUUCGUUUUGACUAUAAAAGCACAAUAUAUUGUUAGAAAUGAUUUGCCUACCAUUUGUCUAAUGUGACAUGUUUGCUCAGAUUUAAAUGGUAGAGAUGAUCCUUCGUUGGUUCUGCCUUGUAAAUAAAACUGAAUAAACUGUUCCUCCCAA